AGUAUAUAAUUUCAUUUUGAUGUGAAUGCAUGUUACGUGUUUGCUCUUCGAAAAGUGUCAAGAACCAAGAACCGCGCGCGCAAUUUAAAACGAAAUUGAUUUUUUUUUCUUUGUCUGUUCAGCCGUUCAUAGUGUGUUAUGCUCUUCUAUUUGAUUGUUUCAAUAUUUGAGAUGUAUGAAGUUUAUAGUUUUCCAUUUAGUUUUCUGUAAUUUGAUGUCUAUCGGUGUGUGUAUGUUUUAAGCACAGCAGAAAAAACAAAUACGAUUGUUUAAGGAUUCAUUUUUAACGGCCCAAAAUGCAAGAUAAAAUUCCCGAGAUAAAUUCAACAUGUACACAAAGUUCAUAUGCAGACAAAUCACGUGUAAAAUAUAAAAACAAGUGGAAUAAUGUGCGAAAACUGCAAUUCAAAUAGCAAAUCGCAACCACAUAAAUUAUAGCGUGUGCAUAUUCAGCGCAAAAAAAGGAUAUAAAGAAGAAACAUUCGGAUCUGAUGGCGAAAAAGCAUACGACGACGUUCUUUGUGAAACGAUAAAGAGGACAAUGUGAUUUCUAGUUAGAAAGUCAAUGAGAAAUAACAGUCACGAAGUUUGUAAAAAAAAAACAGUGCAAGCGAACAAAUAAUUUAUUGGCAAACGGCGACAUCGUGGAAACAGUGUGAAUGAACUGAGAAGAAACCGAGCACAAAUCGUUAACACUACAUAUAUAAUCGAAAAACACAAAUCAAUCGUCUUUUGCCGGCGAACAAAAAGUGUCAAGUUUUUUUUGCCGUUGUUGGCGUUGGUUUUGUGUGAAUCGGUUCAGCGUUUUUAUUUCUUCGUUCCUGUGGUUCUUACCGGUAUAUGCUUGUUGCAGAAAAAAAUUAUUUAUAAUGACACUGGACACGCUCGCAAAAAGUGCAAGCAUUUAGAAAAACCGUUCCGGUGCACACACAGACAUUCCAUUGAGAAACUGUGCUCGAACGCGGCCAUAAGUGAAACCGAUUAAUUUUUAGUGUUUCCAAACAUUUAUAAAUAAACACGGACAACGUACAACCGUUGGAAUAUAAUGAAUGUGUCUCAAUGCAUUGCCAUUUCAUGGAAUUGUUGCACGCCCGAAAUUUAAACCACACAAAGCAGUGAACAUCAUCACAACCGCAGCCGCAUGCUAAAUCCAUUUUCGAUACAUCGUAAAUGCAAAAACAUCAUCAUUCAAUUUCAACGGACACGAUAGCGUGAAACCACUCGACGAGGAUAACAAAAUAAUAUCGAGAACGAUGGACAUCAGACUGUUGCUACUGCUAUUAGUGGCUGCGUUUGUACGUGGUUACAAAGAAUGCCCGAAAGAAUGCUUAUGCAGUUUGGAUGAAAGAGGGCGCAUUCAGACGAUAUGCAAUCGAGGCGGUAUGUCAUCGCUACCCAUCGCUGAAAUGGAUACAAACACCGAAGUACUGAUAAUACGUGGCCCACGCAACGACCUAACAAUUGGUCCAAUCUUUUUAUCGUUGAAAAAAUUGGAAAUUCUUCGAAUUACCGAUUCCAAUUUGCCAUCGGUUGGAACGUACUCAUUUUGGGGUACGGAUCGUUUACGUAUUCUAGAUUUGUCUCGUAAUAAUAUAACAGCGAUUGCGCAGGACAAUUUUAAAGGUCAAGAGCAUCUUGAUGAAUUGGACUUAUCACAUAACAAAAUUAACGGAUUAACCAGCUGGGUGUUCGCUAAUCUAAAGGAUUUGCGACGUCUUAGCCUGGCCAAUAAUUUAAUCGAAAAAUUAGCGCAUCGUGUUUUUUACAAAGUGUCCAAAUUGAAAUACUUGGAUGUGAGUGGAAAUCCAUUGACCGAUUUACCACCUGGUGUGUUCACGGAUAUUAUGGAAUUGAAGGGGCUGAAAUGCCGAAAAUGCUUGCUGAAAGAAAUCAACUCGAAACUAUUCCAGCAUGUGAAACACUUGACGGUACUGGAUCUUGGCGAAAAUUAUAUUAAGCACAUCGACGUAGGUGAUUUUAAGGACUUAAAGCGUCUUACAAAGCUUCAUCUCGAUGGGAAUCAGCUCAGUACCGUUGUUGAUUAUGCGUUUCCAACGCAGAAGAGCCUCGAAUUUCUUGAUUUGUCGCAUAAUCAACUGGCCAAAAUACCCAAUGAUGCAUUUUCACAUUUAUCGAAUCUCACCGUGCUCGAUCUAUCCUACAAUAAAAUACACAAAAUGAUGCCGGGCACAGUGGUGCCGUGGAAAAAAUUACACACACUCAAUAUCAGUGGGAAUAAGCAGUUGGAUUUGUUUCCUCUUCGCAUCACAUUCUACAAUUUACGACAUUUGCAAGCUUUGUCGAUCGCCGACAUGGACGACAUCCCAAUGGACCUAUUGCAUUCGUUUGAUCAAUUAAAAGUGUUGAAUGUGUCCGGCAAUCAUUUCCUAAAUACAUCGUUGACACUUCUCGAUUCGGUGAGCACUUUGGAGCUAUUGGAUUUGUCGAGGAACAAUCUAAACGGUUUUGAUGACAUACAAGUGUGGAAACUGCGACAAAUAAAAGAUGUUAAACUGGAGAACAACCCGCUCAUAUGCGACAGAUGCCACAUGGGAGCGCUUAUAGAAAUCGCACAAACGCUUUCAUGGAACGUAUAUCCGAUUUGCUAUAUGCCGGAACGGUUGCGCGCCAAACCAAUAUCCGUUUUGAAUGUGACAACAUUGGACUGGUGCACUGAAUUCGACAACGACCUGUAUGAUAUGGCUGGCAUUUCGGAGAAUAUCCUGUUAAAACGAGGCAAUUUCAAUCUUUUUGCCAUCAUUUGCGCCGUUGGCUUCAUCACCAUCGCAAUCAUUGUGCUAAUUAUUGUCUUGAGCGUGAAUCGACACUCGGCCAAAUACUACACAAAUGAGGACAAACGUUGCGACGGACUGUACGAGAAAAAUAUCGAUACGCUUUCGAUCACCGGAAAUGAAUUGAACUACAAAUUUCCCAUCGAUGACAUCAUCUAUACGAUUGACGAGUCAACGCUGCAGUCGACCACUCAACCACCAUUAAUAACGUCGUUCACGACACGCAACGGCUAUAUCUCGUUCGAUUGCGAUUAUUAUUUUUAAGAUGACCUUUUUUUUCUCUAUCAAGAUGAUACUUAUUUGAGACUUAUACAAAUUCAAUAUAGGCUAUUGUAAAUAAAACAAAAGAGAAUCUAUUUACCGAAUCGUAUUAUUAGAUUAAUGAAAUCAGACAGAUUUGAAUGAUUUAAAUGAUUUAAACAUAUUUCAAUCAGUUCUUUUUCUUCAAAAUUGUAUGUUUCUCAAAUACUUCGAGUAGCUAUUAGCCAAUAGUAAUGAAUUUAAGCGUAAAAGCAAUUAGGAAUCUUGAUAAGUUGACAAAGUUUUUCUUCUAAUUGAAAUUUAAUGGAAUUUCAAUUAAUUUUUACCAUUUUUACAAACUCUUUGUCUCUCAGAUGAUGUUUGAGCUUUACGAAAUAAUAUUGUAAAAUGUUUUGCUAGGCGGAAAUAAGAGUUGUUGAUAUACAAAUUCCGGUAUGCAUCGAAUUUGAACAUGUCCAUUUGUCUGAAAGAUAUUUUUUAAACGAAUUGUAAUUUAAUUAGAUUUCGUAUUUGUAAGCACACUUUUGAAGAAAUACAUUUUAUUCUAUUUUUCGUAAUUAAAAUCGACAAAUCAAAA